AUGGAAUGUCUUACGACAUCUGAGAAAAAAAAGGCCAAAUUAAAAACAACUGAAAUGUGCCAAGCUAUCCCAUUUGAAGAGAAUCCUUUUAAUGUUAUAAGAGCCGCUUUCAGAUGGAUAAACGAAUACGGUGGUAUAAUUUUACCGCCCAAUCCAACGCUACAUGACUUUUUUUCUGAGUCGUUUGUGAAGAAUGUAUCAAUAUAUUUAGCUGGUAACUCUGAUGCAGCCAAAAUGGACACAUCAGGCAAUCCGUUUACUGCACUACUGGAAAACUAUAAAAUGGAAUUUAAGGAUGUCCCGAAAGUGAUUGAAUGGAUUAAUUUGUGUGGAGAUUGCCCAGAACAGUCUGACACAUUUAUUAAGGAGUCAUCUCAGGGUAAUACUAACGACAUACAACAGGAUUUGCUUGCACUUCCGAUUGAAAAAAUAGUAACGUUAGUAAGCAACAUAUACAGAAUUCUUUGUGUCAUUGUCCUGACAAGUGCAAGGGGAAAGGCAAUGGCAUGGGCAGCCACAAAUCUCAACUAUAUACCGGUGGCUGAUAAGCGGGCUUUAGAACAAUUCACCGUUAUAGGGGAUGGCUAUGACUCGAAUGAAAGUGUAAACAUAUCUAGGGAUUCCAAUGGAAUCCAGGAAAUGUCUUCGCAGCAGAAAUAUGAAGAGCUGAAUCAGAGAAUUGAUAGCCUAAAUGAAGAAUUAGCAGAGUGCCAAUGGACAAUAGCUUCCUUGAAAGAUCAAUUGAAGUCAGAAAGGGACCAAAAAGGUAAAUGUGUGGAUACAAUCAAGGGCUUAGAGGAAAAGCUUGAGCGCCAAGAGGAAAAAGUAACGGGUCAGGAACUUUACAAGAAAGGUCGUUUUGAGGUGGCUAUACUUGAAAACGUUAUUCAGCAAUUGAUGAUACGUGAAAAGGAGCGAAAUGGUUUUAAAAGUAUGUAA